AUGGCAAUGGACACGUCAACAGCCACACCUCCCUCAAAUUCUUUCGAGCCCUGGUCGUCCUCAUACUGGACUGUUGUCUUGCUGCUCGCUCUCUCAAUAACCACAGGGAUUAUAUACAUCCUCACACAGCGAUACCAACCUUACCUACGAUCUAUACCAGGACCAUUCCUCGCCUCUUUCACAGACCUAUGGCGCUUCGUCAAAGUCAACCAACUUCGUUUCGAACUCACCCUUCAAGAACUACACGAUCGAUACGGUGAUCUCGUUCGAGUCGGACCAAACUGUAUCAGUGUCGGCGACCCCAGGGAAAUCAGACAGAUCUAUGGCAUAUCCCGACUAUUUCAAAAGUCCGAAUACUACCGCGUCGCUCAACCCCUAAUCAACGGCAAACCCGUCGCUUCGUUGUUUAUGAUCACGAAUGAAGAUGCGCACAAAGCGGCCAAACGACCCAUCGCGCACGCCUACGCCAUGACGAGUCUCUUGGACUAUGAGCCCUUUGUGGACAACACCUCGACCGUCCUCGUCGAGCGCCUGACCAGUCUGUACGCCGACUCCGACAAGGUAUGCGACAUUGGCGAAUGGCUUCAGUGGUACGCGUUUGACGUGAUUGGCGAAAUGACAAUGUCUCGUCGUUUCGGAUUCCUCGAACAAGGCCGAGACGUCGGUACCAUCAUCAAGACGCUCAACAAGUCCGGCGCGUACACGGCCAUCGUGGGCCAGAUGCCGUGGUUGGACUACCUCCUCGCGAAGAACAGGUGGUGGGGACACUUGUUCUCUCGCGACAAGAUGGGAGUGAGUAAAUUCGUGCUCUCUUUCUUGCAACCGCGAAUCGACGAGGCGGCGCUACGGCGGCGCGAGAGGAAGAAAGACGACAAUGACGAUGACGAUGCCGACGUUACAACAUCGACAGACCACCGUAAAGACUUUACGGCCAAAUUCAUAGCAGCUUCCGAGAGAUACUCGGGCAAGAUCCCCCCCUCGCAACUUUUGGGUUGGUCAUUGAGCAACAUCAACGCCGGUUCCGACACGACCGCCAUAACGCUCCGGGCCAUCUUCCACUUCCUCCUCCUGCACCCGGCGUGCCUCUCCCGCUUGCUCGACGAACUACACUCGGCCGAGCUCGGCGACGCCCCGACGUUCCGCGAGACGAGCACGCUCCCCUACCUCGGCGCCGUGAUCAAAGAGUCCCUGAGGCUCCACACGCCCGUCGGGUUGAUCCUCGAGCGCGUCGUCCCCCAGGGCGGCGUGACGCUGUGCGGCCGCCACUUCCCCGCCGGCACCGUCGUGGGCUGCAACCCGGCCGUCAUCCACCAGGACGCCCGAGUCUUCGGGAGGCGCUACGGCGUGCGCGAGUUCCGUCCCGAACGGUGGCUCGAGCCUCCCUCCGGUGGUGAGGAGUUGGCCGAGAUGGAGAGGUGCUUCAUGGCCUUUGGAGCCGGCAAGAGGACCUGCAUCGGCAAGAACAUCAGUCUGUUGGAGGUCCACAAGCUGGUGCCGCUGUUGUUGAUGAAGUUCAAGUUCACCCUAGUCGACCCUGAAAAGAGUCUGACCAUAUGGAACACCUUUUUCGUCCAUCAAAAGGGCCUGGAAGUAUACGUUGAAAAGGCAUAGGACUCACCGAGCCUGCUCGUGGGUCAGGCUUGAAUAUAGCUUACCCUCACUUGCGUACCUACUUUGCACGUCUUGAC